ACAGCAUAGAAGAGCUAAUCCUGCAAAGGGACAGAUUGUGAAAGAGAUUGCCUUAAAUUCCCAAAAGUGCAGAGAAUGGACGCUGGGAUGGACCUGCUCCACAGCUCUGGAAUAGAACUGGUGAGGUAUCUACAGAUGAAUUACAGGGACUCCCAGAGCUGGUUCACCUUUAUCUCUUUGGCAGCUGACCUGAGAAACACUUUCUUUGUUUUCUUUCCCAUCUGGUUCCAUCUGUGUGAAGCAGUGGGUGUCAAACUCAUCUGGGUGGCAGUCAUUGGAGACUGGCUCAACCUCAUCUUCAAAUGGAUUUUAUUUGGACAGAGACCUUACUGGUGGGUUCAUGAAACAUCCUACUAUGGUAAUAGUUCUGUUCCAGUCUUAGAGCAAUAUCCUAUCACCUGUGAAACAGGGCCAGGAAGCCCGUCAGGUCACGCUAUGGGAUCAGCUGGGGUUUGGUAUGUGAUGGUGACAGCAUUUCUGACCAGCACACUUCAGAAUAAGCAGCAUCGCGUUCAGAACUGGUGUGUGCGUGCUUUAUUAUGGGGAGUCUUCUGGCUAAUUCAGGUCAACGUAUGUGCAUCCAGAGUAUUUGUGGCUGCUCAUUUCCCACACCAAGUUUUCCUGGGAGUUAUUUCAGGAUUGAUUGUGGCUGAAGUGUUUGGCCGGAUUGAUACAAUCUACAAUGCAAGUUUCAAGCAGUAUCUGAAGAUCACUCUGUCCUUGUUCUCCUUCGCUCUGGGCUUCUAUCUGCUGCUGAAAGUGCUGGGAGUGGACUUGCUGUGGUCAGUGGAGAAAGCCCAGAGAUGGUGCGCCCGAGCAGAGUGGGUCCACAUCGACAGCACUCCCUUCGCUGGUCUGGUCAGGAACAUGGGGGCCUUGUUCGGAUUGGGAUUAGCUCUCAACUCCCCCAUUUACGCCGAAAGCUGUAAAGGGAAGAGGAGCCAGCAGUUCAGCUUCAGACUAAGUUGUAUAGUGGCUUCAUUGCUCAUCCUGCACCUGUUUGACUCAGUGAAGCCCCCGACUCAGACAGAAUUCCUGUUUUACUUUCUGUCUUUCUGUAAGAGUGCUGCAGUGCCUCUGGCUGCUGUGGCAAUCAUCCCGUUCUCUGCAUCACAUGUCAUGAGCCAACAAGAGAAAAAAAUGCUAUAGUUCGCUAGAACUGAAAUAUUUGUACAAUAGGGGAAAAUAGUGAAGUCACUCUCAAGAAUCAAAUCAGUUUGAGUUUGACCAGCUGCUCUACUUUGGAACAGAAUCGGAAUUCAAUCAACACAAUAUCGCCUGCUGGUUCCACUAAACAGACAAGAUCUUGUUAGAGAUGUGACUUUCCCAGAAAAAUUGUGCAUGGUGCAGAUUUCCUGUGGAUCAACUGCUCAUGUUUUAGAUCAGCAGUAGAAUUUUUAGUUGUUGUUUCCGACUGUAUUCUUUUGUAACCCAGUGUUUGAAGCAAGUUGCAUUUAUCCAAGUCAAACCUCCAGAUAAUCAGUCACCCUGUAUAUUUCUGCGUGGUCAAAUAAGAGCCUUAAAGAGUUAUGUUUCGUGCACUGUUGUUGCCUUCAUUGGGCUCCUUGUCAAUAAAUCUGUUUAUUAAAAGGCAACACUUGGAGCUCCACUGAUAACCCAGUGCAAAACAGCACAUGGUGUUACAAACAGGCUGACGUUACCUGAGUGAGAAGCAGGGCUCCAGUUCCUAAUUAAUGGCCUGUAUGGAAAACAGGCUUAUAUGGAUAUGGGCGGGGUUGUGCUGGAUCAUGAUUCACCCCAAGGUCGAAUAUGCUGCUGACACAACUUUUAUGCUUACAGGAUAAAAAGAAGUCAGUUCAAUUUGACACUGAAGGUCCGUGUGAAGUCUGUGUCAGGGAGGGGACACAGUACAAUAUAUUCCUUUCUACAAUUUUGUGUCCUAAUUACUGCGUUUAACUAUAGUAAUUGGGAACAUAUUGUUCAUUACCAAAUAAUCAGGUCACAAUCUUCAUGUCAACAGGAUUCAACUCUUCACAAUUUGUGCUUUAAGAGGAAAAAGGAUUUUAAAAUGCACAUGUCUGAACCCACCACCUGUGCAUUGGAAUAUAGUGUGGUUCUGACAUUGGGUGGAUAGUUAUUUAUUUUGCGUGGGUUCUUUUUAUCACAAAAAUAAACUGUUAAUUUUAGAAGACUAUUUUAGAAGACCAAUUAGCUGGGUUAACAAUCUGCCACCAUUUAGUUCUUUUCACUGUGCACAUCUUUGAGUAAAGCUUUUGUUUUGUGUUUUGUUGUAAUAAAUAUUUUGAAAGCAAAA